AUGAGAGUUUCUCACGUUCGACCAAAAACACACAUCGUAACGACCAUUCCUCCUGCAUUGAUCGAGGACGACGAGACUCAGUCUGCCAUCUGCCGGCCGGUCAUCUCCCUCCACUCUGCUGCUGCUGCUGCUACCCUCCACCUGGCCCCAGUCAGUCCACACACCCCCACCCCCCUCCCCCUCCCUGAUGAGGUAGUAGACUGUCCUUUGUUUGCAUCAGUGCCCUUCGCCCCUUUAGCAAUUCCGCCUUAUACACACACGUCCGUACGUACGUACGUACGCACACCACCACUUCCUCCCUCCAACUACCCCUCCCAUCCUCCUCCUCCUCCUCCUCUCCCCUCCUCCUCCACCCAGCGAUACCAUCUCUACCCUGUCCUGUCCUGCCAUUGCCUUAACCAUUCCUCCCCCACAAACCUUAUUCCCAACCUGGUUGUGUCCCUAUGGACCUCCUCCUCCCCCUCCUCCUCCUACUCCUCCUCCUCCUCCACGUGGUUGGCGGACCCGACAACCACCACCACACGAUGCUCCUCCCAAUCAUCCGCGUGA